AUGAGCAAAGUCGUACAUUAUGGCAAUAUUGUUGUUUUCGUGAAAAAAGGCUUACAUUUGUUUGCUCUUCUACAGAAGUAUACAUUAAGUACAAGAUUUAUUACCGAUUAUGUAGAUAUUCCAUUAUCAUUACAAUCUAACGCAAAUGAAUUGUUUCCAUUAUUACAACUAUCCGACGUAUUUUUGCUUAUUCCAGUCGAAACAAUAAUACAUAAAUUAUUUGUUUAUAAGAUAGUGAGUACAGCAAACACCUAUGCUAAACAUUAUCUCAAUCGACGAACGAAUACAGAAAAUAUAAUAUACAACUUUGUUAUAUUUUCAUCCGACAAUUCCACUGCAGUUGUUAAAGCGAAACAAUGCUCUCCAGCUGAACAUGAUGGUUUUGUUUUAGUUCAAAGUGGCAAGAAGAAAUUGAUGGGAGUCAUUCUCGAAGAAGCCAUUAAUAUUCACGAUAAUAUUCCACUUGAAUUACCAACAAUAACAUUAUUAGGUGAAAAUUGUUUAUCAACGUCUCGAGGUGUACAAGAGUUGAGCAAAAGCCAUCACAAAAACACGUACAAUUUGAAGCGCAAACGACAUAAACAAUCUCACAAUGAAACAUCAUCAACUGUAUCAUUUGGUAAAUUUGAUAACACAGACAGUGACUCAAAUGAUAGUGAAAACGAACAACUUGAUAACAGUGAACAUAAUAUUCAUACAAAUCAACCAUCAACAGAGCAAACACCUAUAUUUCUCGGCUGUUCUGUUCCACAAAAUAAUAAAAAAAGUAAAAACGAAUCAGCUAAAGUAUCAUCUUCAGUUACACAACAAUUAUUGGCUUUUACAAAUAAACUUGAAUCUCAAUAUUUGAAGCCGAUUCUUGUCACACAUGAACGGAUCGAAACAUUGACAAAGAAAUUGUUCAAUAAUCAAAAAAAGAUUCAAAAUAUGAACAUUUCACUACUUGAACCAGAUGACAAUGAUGAAUCGACUAUCAAUCACACUUUUCGAUCUUCUGUGGAAUAUAAACUACCUGAUGGUUCCACUAUUGAUUUACUUCAAAAAGCUGGUGUUAAAGAACAUGCCAAUCGUUACGUAACAUCUCUUAUGGAUACCCUUUUUAAACCUGAAGAACUAUUGAGUAUAGAAACCAAAAAUAUAUCGAAAGAUGAACGAUAUAUUUUACUUAAAGAAGCAGUUCGAAAUAAAUUUCGAUUAACAAAAGAAGAACUUGAAACUAUGUGGAUUUGGCUUCACAAUGUCAUAUUGACCAAGAGUCGAACAAUAAGCUCACAAAAGAGAAAAAAUGAAUCAAUAAAUCAAUUUGAUCAAUUUCUUGUUUUUAUUGAACAAAAUUUAUCUUUAUUAAAAACUCUUGAAAAUCGUUAUUUAACAAAUAAUCAAGAUAAUUUUGUCAUUCAAGAUUUAUUUCUUGAACAUAUACGAAAAGCUUUACUAUAG